AUGGUCAAGAAAACUGUCCGUCGAAGACUCGUCGAGGAGCUUUGGGAAGCUCACGCAAAAAUUUGCAAUUCGCUUUUAUCGCAGCUGGUCCAGCUCGGGCCGCUCCAGUGCCGCUGGACGGAAAAGGUGCACAAAGUUCGCGCAGAGGACAGCGGCGAGUAUGGAAAUGAAAAUCGAGCUUCUCGUCGAGCCAGAUGGCGACGGACGGCAGCAAAGGCGCGGGAGAGUCUCAACUGCGCAGACUUGGACGGGCUCGCACAAAAGGACGGACUCGACAAGAGCGAGCUGCGGAAGAAGUGGAGACUCGCGGCACAGGCGAUUCGCGCGGAAAACUGA